AUGCCUAUUGCACCAAAACUACCACGAUCUUAUUAUCCUCGCCAAGUCCCAACGGACUCAUACCUCGCCGCAAGUGAAGCUGAAGUAGCUUCAUUAAACUUCGAUGCGCUACGGAGCAAUGCGCUCAAGCUAGCUCCUAUGCCAGCCGCAUCGACUGAAUUACACCGUAUGUGGAUCCCAUGCCCUACAGUAAUCCGAAAGAAACAUCUGACGGAUUUGUUGGACGAGCUGGCAACGGACUCACAACCCCAUGCGUCCCAGCCUGCGAUGAACGGACAGCCGUCUGAUACUAACGACGCAAUGUCAACAUCGGACGACCCUCCAAUAUAUGAUGAUAGUGAUGAUGACUUCCAACAAGACCAAGUUGGUCUGAGGGAUAAUUCUGAUCUAAUGAAUGAAACAAUUAUUGUACAAGUUUCAUCUCCCUCCGCCCCAGUAUGGGCGAAAGCGGCUAAAAACCGUCGAGCCUUAUCCGCUAUCGACAACCCGAGCUCUGUGGACAUUUUCUCUAUAGAAUACGAGGUUAAGGAUUUGGACUCUUCGACUCAAGCCAAAAAGGUUGUAAGGCCUAUUUAUCAUAGCCCAUUGUGGCAUGAUGAUUUGGACCCUGACACACCGCAAUGGCAUUUCGAUAUUGAAAUCCAUCAUUCAGAAAAUGAUGAUGUUUGUUUGGAGAGCACCCCACCAUACAAAGGUGACUCGACCUACAUUACUAUGGUUACCCCAAUGACCAUUAACAGCGAAGUUGAGUCUAUGACUCGGGGUGAACUCUUUGACUAUGUGGACUCCUUUCUUUAUUCGAAAGUCGACCCCCUCUGGACCAGUUAG